AGGCAGUGGGCUCCGAGUCAACUGGUAUGACCGCGGGCACUGGGUCAGACAUUGGAUCGUCUGACUGGACAGCGGGCAUCGGCACCAGGCAUCAAGUCAUUUGGCUCGACAGCGAGCACCGCGUCAUCUGGCAAGGCAGUGGGCUCCGAGUCAACUGGCAUGACCGCGGGCACUGGGGCAUCAGACAUUGAAUCGUCUGGCCGGACAGCGGGCAUCGGGUCACCAGGCAUCAGGUCAUUUGGCUCGACAGCGGGCACCGCGUCAUCUGGCAAGGCAGUGGGCUCCGAGUCAACAGGCACGACAGUGGGGGCACCGGGUCAUCAGGUACCGGAUUGUCUGGCUCGACAGCGGGCAUCGGGUCACCAGGCAUCAGGUCAUUUGGCUCGACAGCGGGCACCGCGUCAUCUGGCAAGGCAGUGGGCUCCGAGUCAACAGGCACGACAGUGGGCACCGGGUCACCAGGCAUUGGAUCGUCUGGCUCGACAGCGGGCAUCGGGUCACCAGGCAUCAGGUCAUUUGGCUCGCCAGCGGGCACCGCGUCAUCUGGCAAGGCAGUGGGCACCGAGUCACCAGGUACGACAGCGGGCUCUGAGUCAAUUGGCACGAUAGCGGGCACCGGAUCAGGUACCGGAUCAUCUGGAUCAACAGCGGGCAUCGAGUCAACUGGCCUAAUAGGAUCGCUGAGUAGAGGCUUCAGGCCGAGUAGAGGCUCAGGCCGAGUAGAGGCUUCAGGCCGAGUAGAGGCUCAGGCGAGUAGAGGCAU